CAGGUGCGAGUGGCUAUGGACCUGUUUGGUAUUGGCCAGCUGAUUGACCCAGCUGACCUCACCCUGGGAGGCUGUGGUUCCACUGGCCUGGACAGCACUGCUUCAGUGGUGGUGUUUGAGACGGAGCUUCAGGGGUGUGGCAGCACACUGAUGAUGACUGAGGACUCCCUCAUCUAUGGCUUUGACCUCAACUACCAACCCAAAGCAUUGGGUGAUACUCCCAUUGUAAGGACUAAUGAAGCUGUGGUUGGUAUCCAGUGCCAUUAUAUGAGGCUGCACAAUGUCAGCAGCAAUGCCCUGCAGCCAACCUGGAUCCCUUACCGCUCUACCAUGUCUGCUGAGGAUGUCCUGGUCUUCUCCCUGAGGCUCAUGACUGAUGACUGGCAAGCUGAGAGGACAUCCAACGUGUUCUUCCUGGGAGACACCAUGAACAUCGAAGCCUCUGUGGUCCAGGCCAACCACGUGCCCCUCCGUGUCUUUGCUGACAGCUGUGUUGCCACCCUAGUCCCUGAUCUGAAUGCAGUCCCCAGAUAUGCCUUCAUUGAGAACCAUGGGUGCCUGAUGGAUGCCAAGCUGACGGACUCCCGCUCCAAGUUCCUGCCCAGGGUCCAGGAUGACAAGCUGAAGAUUCAGCUAGAUUCCUUCAGGUUCUUCCAGGACAGCAGAAGUUCAGUAUACAUAAUUUGCCAUCUGAAAGCCACAGCAGCUUCUGCUACAACUGACUCGCAGUACAAGGCUUGCUCCUUUUCCACUGCAGCCAACAGGUGGAUGGCUGCAGGUGGGAAUGACCAGGUGUGUGGCUGCUGUGAUGCAAGCUGUGGCUUCAGGAAGGGGAGGAGUGUGGAAGCUGCACUGCAGGGGGAAGGUGAUGCAACCCUUGGCCCCAUCAUUGUCCAGUCUGCCCAAGAAGCAGAGCCUGAAUUCCAGAUGCUUCCAGUGGUGACCAAGGAUCAUAAAGCAGCAGCUGCUUCCCCAGAGGUUGUGGUCCUGGCUGCAGUGGUGGCUAUAGCUGGUCUGGUCUGUGUGACUGUGCUGCUGACUGUACUACUGAGGAAACGACACAAACUAUCUGUAUAA